AUGAUACCAGAAUACUCAAAGCUCUUAAAAGAUCUCAUAACUAAGAAGAAGAGUUUGAAAGACUAUGACAUAUUUACUGUUGAAAAGGAUUGUAGUACCAUCUUGCAGAAUUCAACGAAGCUAGGUGAUCCAGGUAGUUUUACUAUUCCUAUAUCAAUUGGGAAUCUAUUAGUAGGAAGAUCAUUACUUGAUCUUGGAUCCAGCGUCAACCUAAUGCCAUUAUCUCUGCUAAACAAAAUUGGAAAGGUAGCAAUGAAACCAACACGCAUGAUGCUACAACUAGCGGACCGUUCCAUUAAAUUUCCUCCUGGAAUAGUGGAGAACAUGCCAGUACGAGUUCGGAGGUUCACCAUACCAAUGGACUUUGUCAUCAUGGAUAUCAGAGAAGAAGUUGUUGUCCCUUUAAUUCUAGGAAAACCAUUCAUGAAUACCGCUAAUGUUGUCAUCAGUGUUGCGGUAAGAAAAUGCACUUUAUGA